ACGAGGGCUCCGGCCGGCUGCGUUCGGCGGACACGGCGUCGGAGGCUGCAGCUGCGUGCGGGAGCGGUGCGGGGGCCGUGUAUGCCCCGUACCUUUGUGAGCUGCAGGCAGCAAUCGAAGCUCGGUCCUCGGUGCUCUCUGGUGAGGCGGAAAGGGAGAAGUUACUGAAAUAAUGAAUCCUGUGUAUAGCCCUGGAUCUUCUGGGGUUCCCUAUGCAAAUGCCAAAGGAAUUGGUUAUCCAGCUGGCUUCCCAAUGGGCUAUGCAGCGGCUGCUCCUGCCUAUUCCCCCAACAUGUAUCCUGGAGCAAAUCCUACCUUCCAAACAGGUUACACACCAGGCACCCCGUACAAAGUGUCCUGUUCACCCACCAGUGGGGCAGUGCCGCCCUACUCGUCCUCACCCAACCCCUACCAGACUGCUGUGUACCCAGUCCGAAGUGCCUACCCCCAGCAGAACCCAUAUGCACAGCAAGGCACUUACUACACACAGCCUUUGUAUGCAGCACCACCCCAUGUAAUCCACCACACCACAGUCGUGCAGCCCAAUGGAAUGCCAGCAACCAUGUACCCUGCUCCGAUCCCGCCGCCCCGAGGGAAUGGGGUCACCAUGGGCAUGGUAGCUGGGACCACUAUGGCAAUGUCAGCAGGUACUUUGUUGACAACUCAUUCCCCAACUCCAGUAGCCCCUCAUCCAGUUACUAUGCCCACGUAUCGGGCUCCAGGAACACCAACCUAUAGUUAUGUGCCCCCACAGUGGUGAUCAUCCUGGCAGUCAGUGUUUAAAGAUGGGAGAUAUGCAAUCAAGAAAUUGAGGUUUAAAAGUUGGUGCUGAAGCCCUCAUGCCUCCAACCAGGACUUUCCUUCUGAAUGCUUUCAACACUUGGCUAAACACUACUAAUUCCUGAUCACUGAAGAUUUUCCAGUGCUGCAUAUCUUACAUCUUGGAACUCAAGCAGUUAGUCUUAAAGCAAAUCCUGUUUUGUGGACUGUCUUGCAAUUUUUUAGCUAAUUAUAAUGAUAAAAAGGGAGUAUAAAUUUAUUCUGAUCCAUAUCUAGUUGAAUGCAUGUUAAAACACAGAAACAAAGCUUGCUCAAUCUACCUGCAGUGACUGAUGCAAAAACCAUCAUAUGCAAAUCCAAAGGAACCGAAAAGUAUUUUACAACUUGUAUCACUAAUGCACUGUUGUAAUGUAUGCAGAGUCUGACAAGGUAGAAUCAUGAAAGUGAGUUUCUUUCUAGAAUGCCAUAACAUACAUUAGAUGAGUGCUUCAGCCUGUUUCAGGUUGAUGGAGUUGCCAGUUUAAAAGGGGCAAAUUUUUGUUAAAGUGAUGUGUUCUUUUCAAUUUCAGCUAAUAAAUUGGAGUGACUGGAAAAUGAGUCAGACAAGCUGUAGACAUCCUGCACACCAUUAGUUUACUUCAUACCUUCUCAUUUUCAUUGUAUGGAAUCAGUGUUAUACAGAUGUUCUUAAGGAUCAGAAUUAAAUAACAAAGGUAGUGCUGUGUCUGCCAGUAAAUAAGGCAAACUUCCUUGAGGCAAAACUGGCUCUUAGGAAUGGUAGGAGGUGGUAUCACCUGCAGAAUGAAUAGGAUGUCCUGGGGAGAUUUCUAUCCAGUACUACCUUUCAGAUAAUGCAAGAUGUGUCAAAGUGAGACUGCCACACAGACUGAUAGAAAAACACUUCCUUUUAGUGCUCAGUUGAGCAAAUUCGUGCUGUUUUUCCUAAAGAACGUCGUAGUCAGUUGAAAACAUAUGUGCAGUUGAUCCAGCUUGCUUUCCAGAAACUUAAGAAGUGCAAGGGCUUUCUGCAACAGAGUUGAGCUGCAUGUUAUUCUGAGGAAAGUUUGUGUGCCUGAUGAGUAUGUUAAAGGGGAACAAAUCAUUUUAACACAAUCUCCUUAUUACCUACUUGCAGUAUGGACUAUGGAUACUCUGUAGUAGGGCUGCCAGAAUAUAGAGGGUUUAAAAAGCAGUUUUGUUUUGUUUUUUUUUCAUGAAAAUAUUUGCAAUUGAAGUAGGAGCCAUUUGUUGGUUACAGCCUUUUGAUGUGUUUUCUUAGUAUUUUUUUUUUUUUACUUCCUAAAUUGCCCUUGGAAGCACGUAAAAGAAGACUCGACUGCAGGUUAGCAUUUCAUUGCAAUGAGUCAUUUGUGAUAUUCUUUCUUGCAACUUCAAUUUUUAAAGUACCUCAAAGCAAAUGCUGUGGGGAUAAAGGGCUAGCCUUGGAACCCAUUUGUAUACCAAAAUUGUUAUGGGGGAGAUUUAAAAUUUUUGAAUUUGAAUAUUGCACAUUAAAACUGAGGUUCUUCUUAAGCCUGCUUGAUUUACAAUUCCAGAAAGAUGCAAAUUUUUUUUAUACAUUCUGCCUGCAAUAAAUUAUGCAGUAAAUAGAUAUAAAACGUUGUUCCCUUUUAAGCAUUUACACAGAGGUAUAUCAGCCUGUCUUGUUCUCAUAGGUUAACUUCCAUUCAGAAUUAAAUUUUCUGAAGUUGUGUAUCUUAGUUACGCUUUGUUUUGGGGUGUUCUGCUCCUGUACAGGUUUGGCAGCUGAUUUGGGAUAGCAUCUGUGCUGAUUUAGUGCUGCCAUCCCAGUAUUCUGCCCUGGUGAGAGUCAUGUGUACCUUCAUACCCCAUUGGUGGUUAGAGCCUUCAGUAACUUUAUUUUUUACAGUAGGCACUCGCUGUAUUUUGUACCCUUUUUUUUUUAAAUAAAGUUUAGGCUUAUUUUGCAUGAAUCACUGUCAGUGGAUGGCCCCCUUAUUUCUAAUGCCUUGAACUUAACUAAGUUGUUGGAAUAAGUACUUUCAACCUUACUUCAUGAGCACUUACUGCAGCUUAGGGAUUUCCAUAUGUUUUUAUAUGGAGCAGAAAAUGAUCCGAGACAAACUUAGUUGAAUCUGUACUGCUUUGUUCAGUCUGUGUAACAAUUCCAUUUGUGUGUUAGAUUUGCAGCUGUGAUCAGUCAGGUGUGGCAGAGCACAGUGAGCACCAAUGCUGGGUGCUCGUCCUGAGCGUGGUUCUGACCAAGAGCUGAGGGCUGGAGCAGUGCUGUGUUGGGGAGGAGCUGUGAGGGCCAGGCUGGAAGUUUUGCUGUCUUCUGUCUCAUCACCCUGAAUUAAAGUCAUAGGAGAGAACUUCCGUGAAUGCUGCAAUAGAGAAAUAGUUAAGGAAUGAUUAUAACUUCCUAUAUAUUUGCUCUAACUUCAGAUUCCUAAAUGUCAGCUUGGAAUUGGUCUCCAUGUAGUAUUCCAUAACACUUAGGCAGUCUCACUUACUUGAGCACUUUUUUUUCUAAGUUGCAUUAUGGGAUUCAUCCAGGAGGGAGAAACUGUACCUUUUUCAAAGGUACUGCACCUUCCAGUCCUGAGCAAUUCUGAUCCUACUGGGAGGCUGGAGCUUGUCUCCAGGAGUUGUUCUGAAAAGUAACCAAAAGCACAGUGCAGGGGGACGGGGGAAUAUGUGUAUAUAUAACUAUCUCAGUGGUAUUUUGUUGCAAAUAGUAGAAAGCAUGGAUAUAAAACUGCAGUGGGGGAAACUGUACAUCAUUAAAUAGGCGUUUACACAGUGAGGGUCUUACGAAACAUUCUCUCCUGCUUUUUAUAUAACAUUCCCUAUUUAGAAUUCCUUUAUAAAUGAAAACACAGUAUGUGUUUGCACUAAAGCUCCUCUGCAAAUUAAAAGAGCUAGUGCAGUAGAGACAUUUCAGAUCAAGCUUCUCUUUAAAAAAAGAAAACUUUUAUGGCAGCUUUAUAUGAACAAAAAAGUACUACUAUAAACCUGGAACUGAAAAUAACUGUUGCAGCAAUAACAAAGAGAAGUCCAAGAAAUUUUUUUUAAUUCAAAUUUCAAGUGUUGCAUCUAGAUAAAGUAUUUUUUAAAAACCAAGGUAUUCCCUAUGUCAGUAACAGCUGAUGUAAAUGUCUUUUAAGUGUAGCAGCAGCAAAAGAAAAAUGGCAAAUAAUUGGCACCAAAAACACAUAGCCCUAGUCAGUGUGGUGGUGGUUAACUAAACACCAGGAAGGAAAAGAGACAACCUACUGCUAGAUGUUGCUUAUGCUUGUUGUAACCCUCUCCUGUUUGGAGUUUCUAGGAGACAUGUAGGAAUGCUGCUCAAGAAAGCUUCAUUUUGAGUGUACUAUGCAAGUUAAAUGCUUACAUGCAGCUGUAGGUGAAAAAGGUCCUUUAUUUUCAUUGAAGUUCUUCCUUGUAUUGCUCCAUCCACUAAUAAAGCUAAGCAAACAACAGAAGCAAACCACCACCCAUCACAGUACCACUAUGUCUGGGUGGUGUCAGGAGAGCUGAUGGUACAGAGCUGUACUCCAGGUUUCUCAGCAUGGGCUGCUCUCCGUGGAGUGUUGUGCCUUCACUGCUCCUUGGCUAGUAAGGCAAGAGAGCAUUGACUUGGAGUCACUCCCCAGUGCUUCAGCACAGUGUUCCACACUGUUCAUUUGGGUUUUGAUCAAAUAGGUAAGCACAUCAGUCUGACACCACCACCUCACUCUAGGGUCAAACUCAUACCAGGGGUGGUAACUCCCAUGUGUGUGAAACCUCCCAUCUUAUGAACAUGAGCAAUAGUGAUGCUCCAGCUGGAGCUCGAGGCACGGCACAGAGCCCGUGGCUGUGCCUGCUCCGUGGCUGUCAGUCCAGGCAGGUUCCUCAGCCCUCUGAGCCAGCCUUUGGGAAGGCUGUAAAAGACAUGGCCAUUUCAGCUCACUCAUAUUGUUCUCAUUAAGAAGUGUCAGUUUCUAAUCCUGUGUUGUGUCAGCUCUAGGCUUCCUGCAGAGCCCCUCACACGAGGAGGUGAAAUGCCACAGGGCAGGAGCACCUGCAGCAGGGUCGGACAGUUUGUGCAGGGCUAGCCCAGAGCUGAGCUGGUUCCCAUCUGCUGGGAGGACUCUGGGCAGUCUGGAGCCACUGCCCAGGGUGCUGAGGGCAGGCAAGGUGUCCUGUAGGCACCAGAGAGGGAGAGGAACAGCGGGAACAAGAAUCCUUUUCUUGUGCAGGUUGCAUAUAACACUGAAACAUCUGAAUUUCACAUGUAGUAAGGGUCCACUUGUGACUUUUACAUCUGGACAAUUUAUGGGCCCUGAAGUUUCAACAUCAAGAAAAUGAACAUGACUUUUCUAAACGGAUUGUGACUUUUGGGCAUUUAGCAGGCAAACUGGGAAAGCUUUUUUAGCUGGCUGCUGUACAGACUUGUUUUAAGUAGAAGGGAUUUGUUAGUGGGUUUGUUUUUUUUUUUAAUUGUAAUACUAUUAUUGGCUGUCCUCCUGUCUUAAGAUCUAAAAAAGUGAGUGCAUGCAAUGGAAGUACAAGAGGCCCCAGUAAUAGUUCUCCAUGUUUGUUAUGAAAUAGACACAGGUUUCCUUUUUAUGACUUUUUAAAAAACUGUCUUAGGAACAGUUGUAUUGGUACUUUUUUUUUAAGUUUAGGUCAAUGUUGUCUUCCAGAAUAAGUUUUAAGGCAUCACUCACUCCUGCAUUGAACUAUCACAUCAACACAAAGAGUGGAGAUUCCAUUCUGAGCCAGUUCAAUUGUGAAAAUUCAUACUUUUUUAUUUUUUAUGCAAUUCAAUGAGUAGAUGAGCUCAAGUUUAAAUUCUUAAAAGCACGUUUAUUGUAACAAGAAUUGUUAUGUAUUAAUACUUCAGUUUUCAAUAAAGAUUGACUUGUGUUGCUUA